UUCAAAUUGAUAACUAAAUUUCAAUCACAAAUAAUAACAAAAAUGAUAUCACCAAUAACAAUAUGGUUGAAAAAACUGAUGAGUUUUGUCAAUUAUUGCUGAUUAGAACUCACUUUUCAAACACACAUCUGUUGACAUUCUGACAUUGACAGUUGCGCAGCGCUAUCUGUCGUAGUCAUGUAUGAUCAGAGUAGCAAUUAUUUUGUUGGAACAUGACCGCUUUUUGUUUGUCAUAAGCACGUGAGAGAAGAUGGCUGAAUAAACGUCACUACGUUUUUCCUGUGAACAAGAAUGAGAAACUAUUGUAAUUUUUUUUCCAUUCGGACGCUUGACAGUUAGCCGACAGCAUCGUCUGUAAUACCAAGAGUAGCGAUGUUGACAUGAAGAAGUAGUAUUGCUCUAUGCACAAAUUUAAUAAUAACCCCUACAUGCAUUUAAAUUGAUGCAUUGUAUGUGAUAAUAGAUUUGAGGAAAUCUCUGCCGUGAAUCUCUCAAAAUAAUGGAGGGCUCAACAAAUUCUAUAACAAAUGACUAUACCGAGAUUGUCAGGAGGCUACCUUGCAAACUCAAAAUAUCAUACGGUGUGGGCCAUGUGUUAAAUGAUAUUUGUGCUUCGAUGUGGUUUACUUAUCUCUUAGUAUUCUUUCACUUGGUACUUGGCUUCAGCGCUAUUUUGUCUGGAAUCAUAUUACUGAUCGGGCAAAUUGCUGAUGCCCUUGCUACUCCUUUUGUUGGAUUACAUUCGGAUAAAAAUGACGAUUUCUGGUUGUGCCGUUAUGGCAGGAGGAAAACAUGGCAUUUGUUAGGAACGGUCUGUAUCCUAGUUUCAUUCCCAUUCAUAUUUUCUCCUUGUAUAAAUUGUGAGGGAUCGCAUCAAUGGGCCCAGGUAAUAUACUACUCGGGAUUUGUCAUUAUAUUUCAAUUCGGCUGGGCCGCAGUGCAGAUAUCUCAUCUCUCAUUGAUUCCUGACCUGACACCAACGGAACAUGAAAGAACAGAACUCACCGCAAUCAGGUAUAGUUUUACAGUAUUUGCAAACGUACUUGUUUACUGUAUAAUUUGGGGGGUCCUUCAUGUAACGAGUGGUACCGCAGAUUCGCAGAUAGGUCCAAAAGACGUUCAUCAUUUUCAGACAGUUGUACUGAUUGGAUUAUUCGUUGGCACGAUCACUUCUCUAAUAUUCCAUUUCGGUGUUAAAGAAGGUCCCUUGUGCGACACAACAGGACCUCUACGCCGCAAUACAAGAUCAGCUGGUACUCUGUUAAAGGAUAUUCAGCUCUACCAAGUCGCCGGUGUAUACAUGCCCACCAGAUUAUUCGUUAAUUUAUCACAAGUAUAUGUCCCGCUAUAUUUGCACGAAUCUCUCAAUAUGGCCGCAACAUCAUUAGCCACGAUACCGUUGACUAUGUUCAUCAGCAGUUUUGCAGCAUCUCUGGUAAUCGAAAAGUUGAACACUAAUUUAGGAAGAAAAAUAGCGUACGCUAUUGGCGUGAUUCUUGGCAUUGGUGCCUGUCUAUGGAUCAGACUUGGAAGUGGAGAAACAUAUGUUACGUACGAAAUAUACCCAGUAUCAAUGUUGCUAGGUACCGGUGGUUCUAUCAUGUUAGUUACCAGUCUAGGAGUGACUGCAGACUUAAUUGGGCAAAGCACAGAGAGUGGAGCAUUUGUGUAUGGUGUAAUGAGUUUCACUGAUAAACUCAGCAAUGGCUUGGUUGUCGGCGUGAUUCAGUCCAUGUGUACAACUCACUGUCCAGGAUACUACAGAGACGUUCUGACCUUUGCUUGCGGAGGCGCAGCGCUUUUCGGUUUGCUGAUGUUAAUCCUCAUAAAACCUUUCAAACAUGAUCAAGAUUGUCGAACACUCUCCGAGCCCGAGGUCAUAGAUCCUGAGACGAUAGAAGAUUGAAACUAGAGACUAUAAAUGAAGAUUCUAUUAAAAUAUUAAUAGGUAUAUUUUUUCUACUAUUUCCCUUAUGCUUGAAAAUGAAACGUAUAGGAUGUAAAUUCGCCGUUCUAUUGGGUUACAUUGGGUAUACUAGGCGAUCCGACGACAUCGAUAAUAUCUGCUUUCACUUCAGGUAUAACUUUGGGCAGAAGUGAGGGUGGAAUAGUUAAAGUCUAGAACAAUCAGAG